ACUACUAGAAACAUUAAAAAAAAAAGUCAUUGACAAAAUAUAUGUGAAUGACAAAAUAUAUGAGUAAAGACGCUUUGUAAAAUAGUGUUCUGGAUCUAUAGAGUAUUAUUAUUAAUUAAAUUAUUAAACAAUAGGUACAAAUUAUAAUUUUCAUCGAUUUCUUACGAGUUAUUAUGCAAAGGUGUACAUAAAUGUUAUUAUACUCCGAAAACAUUGGAUUCCCGACAUUAAUUACACAAAACAUAAAAUGUUAUACGGAAAAUUAUUAAACAGCCUACAUUGAUAUUUUCUUCAAAUAAUUAUGAUUUUAUAAUAAAUACGUUCAUUUUUUAAUAAUUCAGUUUUUUAUAAGUGUUACUAUAAUUAUGGCAACUAAAAUGAAAGAUAAUCUAAUAAAUGUAAAUGAGAAAGAAAAUGGAAAUUCGCGUGCUGUAUUUUAUAAAAAACCUAUUAAAAGAGACAAUUAUAACCUGGAUAUAGACAACAUUGAUACACCUCAGGAAAUAAGACGUCAGAGAUUAUUACAAUUUCAGAAAAAGUAUAGGGAGAUAGCAUUCAAUGUUGGAAGAGGAAUAUUAGAUGGAGCUUUUAAUUCUGAUGAAGAUGAAUGCGAAGAGCAUAUGGAAGUUGAUGAAAGUGACAAGAAAAGGUAUUACUUACCUAAACGCAACAAAUGUUAUGCAAAUCAGUUAAUGAUGUCUGAAUGGAUGUUAGAAGUACCUCAAGAUUUUGUAGACAAUUGGAUUAUGGUUCCUUGCCCUCAAGGAAAAAGGACUUUGCUAGUUGCAUGUAAAGGUGUAACUAAAGCAUAUAAUAAACGUGGCAAUCGGCUUGGUAAAUUUUACUCAGCACUUCCAGGUGGCAAUCCUUCUGAACACAGAAGUAGUUGUACUAUUAUUGACUGCUUAUGGUUAAAACAGCAAAAAGUGUAUUGUGUUUUGGAUGUUCUUGCCUGGUCUAAUCAGUCUUUAAUAAACUGUGAUACUGAAUUUAGAUUCUUCUGGUUAAAAUCACAAUUACAAGAAAUAGAAGAGUUACAGAAAAGAGAUACAUACAGAAAUACAUUUCCAAUAUUGUCUCUACCCAACAUCAGUUGUAAUACUGAUAUAAGUUUAGCACUAGAAAAUCUUUCAAACUUAAAUCCUUUAGAUGGCUUAUUAUUUUAUCAUCGUAGUGGACAAUAUACUAAAGGUCGUACUCCACUUGUAACAUGGUUAAAACCUUUUAUGUUAUCUGAGGUACUGGGUAUUUCAGUACCAUUACUACUUGAUGAAAAACCUGAUGGUUAUAUAGAUUUUAAAUAUUAUAUACUUAAUAGUAGAGCAAAGAAAAGAAAAGAAGCAUCAGAAACUCAAAUGGAUGUUACAGACGAAAAUUGCUAAAAUUUUGUUUUAUUUGAAUGAACGAGCUCCUAAAAGAAGUGAAAUGUAAUAUAUUAAAGAUGUUGACAGUACUGUAUUUUAUAAACAUAACUGUCAUGUGUCAUAAAUUAAUUGAU